UACGUUUUGGUCCUGGGUCACUUUGGAGGGAUUUGAUUGAAUGUGCCUGCAGCGGACACUGUACAUACAUCAGAACCGGCUUCCAAUUUUAAAUAUCACAUUUUUGGGGAAGGGUGCUCAUUGUUGCAGCAGAUUUUAUUUUGAAUUUUUAAUAUCUAAUAUAUAUAUAUUUUUUUGUGAAGAUCUAUAAUGAAGAAAGGAAACCCGGGGGCGUAGGUGAUUUUCUUUGUCCUUCUUUAGAUAUGCUUCCUGUGAACAGAAGUGUUUGUGAAAAACGCACAGGAGCCUUAAGAGGCGCUCACUGCGGGACCUAAGUAGCUCUCCAGGGUGCUGAAGUUGUCUCCAAACGCGACAGGCACAGCGUUCAUUCUCUGCCUGUCACUCUCAGCCCAUAAUCCGAACACAAUGACUUGGCUGUGUCUUCACCGGAGUGACACCGUGGAUCCUCGGGUGUCUAGGUAAGGUUUUUUGGGAUGGUAAGGUGACAGUUUAUUUGGAUUCAGAAAAGGAGAUCUGAGAGGAUACGUGUAAGAUUGUCUCGUCGGACCAUGAAGCUGUCCUAAUGGCUCCAAACAACUUACAAUAGCCAAUUAUUUUAAAAUCCGUAAUUAUUAAUUCUUUUAUCUCAGCUCGUUUUACUGGUCUUGUUGAUAAUUCUUUAAUGAACACAAAUAUUCACUAUCUUUGACACCCUGGAAGGACAAUGCAACAUAUUCAUCCAAAUUUCAGAGGACCACUUUGGGAGUCUAACCAUCCAUGUAUGCCAAUAUUUAAAAGCAGACUAACUUUAACGACACUGCCCUUUUAUAACUUUCUGUUAUGGGUCCUCCUCGGAGUGUUGACGUUCCCUUGUUGUGUCCAUUGUUUAAUAUUCAAAGUGGGGGUUGUGGGGCCUUGGAAUUGCGACCCGGUAGCCUACAGGGCUCUGCCUGCUGCAGCCGCCAGGCUCGCUGUGAACAGGAUAAAUGGAGAUCUAAAUCUGAAUCUGGGACUGAAAAUGGACUUUAUCAUCCUCCAGGAGCCUUGCCAAACAUCCAGAGCCCUCACUGCGUUUAUUUACUAUGAGCAGAUGGCGGAUGCGUUUGUGGGCCCAUCCAACCCGGGAUACUGUACUGCAGCUUCUCUGCUGGCCAAGAACUGGGACAAAGCCAUCUUCUCUUACAGCUGUGUUAACUAUGAGCUGGACCAGCUCAUGGGACACCCGACUUUUGCCAGGACGGUGCCAGUUCCCACAGAGGUGUUGUUCACCGUGUUUAAACACUUCAGGUGGGCCAGUAUUGUAGUGGUCUCAUCCAAUGAGGACAUUUGGAGGGAUACUGCUGUGAGAGUAGCUACUGCUCUCAGAGAGAAGGGGCUUCCUGUUGGCCUGGUUACAUCUAUUGGUAUAAAUGAGACGGAGGUGGAGAGCACGCUGAGGAAGAUCCAGGCUGCAGGAAACAUCAAUGUCAUCAUCAUGUGCAUGCAUUCAAUCCUGGUUGGAGGGGAGAAGCAGGCCACUUUUCUUCUCAAAGCACAGACAAUGGGCCUGACUACGGGGAAGUAUGUGUUUGUGCCCUAUGACACCCUCCACUACAGCGUGCCCUACACCAACGUCUCAUACUUCCCUCUGCAAAAUAACAGCAGGCUGAGGGAGGCCUACGAUGCUGUGCUCACCAUCACGAUGGCCUCUGAGCCUUUGUCCUUCAACGAGGCGUUUGCUGCCGCCCAGAGGAGUGGGGAAAUUACGCCAGAUGUGCAGCCAGAAAAGGUUAACCCACUAUUUGGGACCAUCUAUGACAGCAUCUACCUGCUGGCCAAGUCCAUCCACAACGCCAGGAGAGGAGGCAUGCCGCUGUCAGGCUCAAACCUAGCCUACUUCACAAAAAACAUAACCUUCACUGGCUUCAACAAGAAGGUCAAGGUGGACACUAGUGGGAAUGUUAAGACCAAUUACAUCAUCCUGGACUCUGACAACAGAGGAAGCCAGCUGUACCAGACCCAUUUAGUGGAUCUUAUGUCUGGAGUGCUUAGUUUUGCUGGGAGGUCCAUUAACUUUCCAGGAGGAUCUCCUCCACCGUCUGAUUCCAGCUGCUGGUUCGACAAGAAUGCCAUCUGCAACGGAGGUGUGGAGGUCACCUACAUCAUAGUGGUGUUUGCUGUCAUCUUCAUUCUGGCUAUGGGAGGGCUCAUCAUAAGUCUUUAUAUCAGGAGGAGACUCCAACAAAUCCAGCUGGUCAAAGGUCCCAAUCGAAUCCUCCUGACAUUAGAGGAUCUCACUUUUAUAAAUCCUCAGCUCAGCAAAAAGAAAAUUACUUUAGAGGAUCUGAGUGAAUCCAAGAGUGCUCUAGAGGAUAAAUCUGCAAACUGCUCGCACUCCGUGAACAGCAUGCAGACUGAGACUCAUGAGACCACCAAUGUAGCUGUUUACGAGGGUGACUGGGUGUGGCUAAAGAAAUUUGAGGAGGGACAGUUCAAAGAAGUGAAGCAGAGCACUACCAAGAUUUUCACAAAGAUGAAAGACCUGAGAAACGAGAAUGUGAACCCGUUUCUUGGUUUCUUUUUGGACUGUUCCAUGUUUGCGGUGGUGAUGGAGCACUGCUCACGGGGAAGUCUACAAGACCUACUGAGGAACGAGGACGUCAAAUUAGACUGGAUGUUCAAGUCCUCGCUUGUGCUCGACCUCAUCAAGGGUAUGAAAUAUCUUCACCACAGAGAAUUCCCCCACGGCAGACUUAAAUCUUGUAACUGUGUGGUAGACGGGCGUUUUGUCCUCAAGAUAACUGACUAUGGCUUUAAUGAACUGCUGGAGUCUCAGAAAGCUCCUACAGAAGAACCUCCACCUGAAGAUUUAUUUUGGACAGCUCCAGAGUUCUUAAGGGACCCAGCAAAUUCACGUAAAGGCACUUACAAGGGAGACGUGUACAGCUUUGCCAUUAUUCUUCAAGAGGUGGUGGUCAGAGGGCCACCAUACUGCAUGCUGGGUCUACCGCCCAAGGAGAUCAUCCGUAAGGUGAAGAAGCCUCCUCCGAUGUGUCGCCCCAAUGUGGCCCCGGACCAGGCUCCUCUGGAAUGUAUCCAGCUGAUGAAGCAGUGCUGGUGCGAAAUGCCUGAACGCAGACCAACAUUUGAAGAAAUCUUUGACAGGUUUAAGAUUAUCAACAAGGGUAAGAAGACUAACAUAAUUGACUCCAUGCUGAGGAUGCUCGAGCAGUACAGCUCCAACCUGGAGGACCUCAUCAGAGAGAGAACCGAGGAGCUGGAGUUGGAAAAACAGAGAACAGAAAAACUAUUGUCAGAGAUGCUACCACCUUCUGUAGCUGAGGCCCUGAAGACCGGUGCCACAGUGCAGCCGGAGCACUUUGACCACGUGACGAUCUACUUCAGUGACAUUGUAGGUUUCACUACCAUCUCCUCGCUCAGUGAUCCCAUUGAAGUGGUUGACCUUCUCAAUGACCUCUACUCUCUGUUUGACGCCGUGCUCAGUAACCACGAUGUGUACAAGGUGGAGACCAUUGGUGAUGCUUACAUGGUGGCAUCGGGUCUGCCAAAGAGAAACGGCAACAAGCACGCGGCUGAGAUCGCCAAUAUGUCUUUGAACAUUCUCAGCUCAGUAGGAACCUUCCAUAUGCGGCACAUGCCAGACGUGCCCGUCAGGAUACGCAUAGGAAUCCACUCAGGGCCCUGUGUUGCUGGGGUGGUAGGUCUGACUAUGCCUCGGUACUGCCUUUUUGGAGACACAGUCAACACUGCCUCUCGUAUGGAAUCCACUGGGCUGCCUUAUAGAAUCCAUGUAAAUAUGAGCACUGUGAAGAUCCUCCAUUCUCUCAAUGAGGGUUACAAAAUAAAUGUCAGAGGCAAGACAGAGCUAAAGGGUAAAGGUAUUGAAGAGACAUACUGGCUUGUAGGGAAAACCGACUUUACAAAGCCUUUGCCAAAACCGCCAGAGAUCAAACCAGGGGACAACUGGCAGGAGAUGGUGACAGAAGAGAUCAAGACGCUUUUUCGCAAGGCCAACAGGCAGGUGGACAAGAAGAUCUGAAUGAGUGGAAAGAAAGGAAAGAUGUUAAAAGAACACCAG